UUGCUUGUAGCACACGCUGUAUUUUUUGACAUCGAUACGAAGAUGGCAUUCAACAUGAAGCAGCAUGUGAAUACGGGCGUGUCGCGCAAGGUUGCUGGUGCCGGGCGCUUUCCCGCAGUUGCGGUCCGGGCAGUCGCAGCGCAAGCACCACCAGCCGCCGUGGCCGAAACGAAGCAGGCCUAUGGAGUCUUCCGGCUUUCUUAUGACACCCAGAAUGAGGACCCUUCUCUGACCCGCAGUUGGAAGAAGACUAUCAAAGUCGCUGUGACUGGCGCAUCUGGCAACAUAUCCAACCACCUGCUUUUCAUGCUUGCAUCCGGAGAAGUCUAUGGUAAAGAUCAGCCUAUCGCGCUGCAGCUGCUUGGAAGUGAGCGCUCAAAAGAGGCGCUUGAAGGAGUUGCCAUGGAGCUCGAGGAUAGUCUCUACCCCCUUCUGCGUGAGGUGUCCAUCGGUACUGACCCCUACGAGGUCUUCGGUGAUGCCGACUGGGCUCUCAUGAUUGGCGCAAAGCCACGUGGUCCGGGCAUGGAGCGUGCUGACCUGCUGCAGCAGAACGGCGAGAUCUUCCAGGUUCAGGGCCGUGCCUUGAACGAGUCUGCCAGCCGUAACUGCAAGGUGAUUGUGGUGGGCAACCCCUGCAACACCAAUGCCUUGAUCGCCAUGGAGAACGCACCCAACAUACCGCGGAAGAACUUCCAUGCCCUCACCCGCCUGGAUGAGAACCGCGCCAAGUGCCAGCUUGCCCUCAAGUCGGGCAAGUUUUACACCUCCAUUUCGCGCGUGGCGAUUUGGGGCAACCACUCCACCACUCAAGUGCCGGACUACAUCAACGCCCGCAUCGGCGGCAUACCCGCCACUGAUGUCAUCCGGGACAUGAAGUGGUUCCGCGAGGAGUUCACUCCCAAGGUGGCCCUCCGCGGUGGCGCGCUUAUCAAGAAGUGGGGCCGCUCCUCCGCAGCCUCGACCGCCGUGUCUGUCGCCGAUGCCAUCCGCUCGCUGGUUACUCCCACGCCACCGGGCGACUGCUUCUCGACGGGCGUUAUCUCGGAUGGCAACCAGUACGGCGUCCGUGAGGGGCUGAUUUUCUCGUUCCCGUGCCGGUCCAAGGGCGACGGUGACUACGAGAUCUGCGACGAUUUUAUUGUGGAUGAGUGGUUGCGCAAUAAGAUCCGGGCAACUGAAGACGAGUUGCAGAAGGAGAAGGAAUGCGUCUCGCACCUCAUCGGCAUGAUGGGCGGAUCUUGCUCGUUGCGUGGCGUCGAGGACACCACGGUCCCUGGCGAGAACUAAAUAAAGUUGCGGGCCGAGUCUCCACGGUGCAAAAAACUGUUGUAAAUCAGCGCCAUCAAUCGAGUGCUGCUGCAGCUGCGGCAGCCAGUGGUCAGCCUUUAUGGCUUUUCCAUAGGAAUGCUAUCGUCCGUUGCGUGUUCCUGGGUGCACCAUGCGGCACAUCAUCCCGACACGGAUGAUCGGGUUGAGCGCACCGUUUGCGGUGUGGAAACGGAGAUGUCAGUGGGAUCUGUGGUGGCAGCUGAAACGUUCGCGAGUGAUGAUUGAGCAUCUGGGCGUGGCUUAAAGAGACGCGAGAGUGUGUCUUGGUAAUAAGCGGGAAUAGCUCUUUCGUCCCGCAUACACUAGCCCGCCAAACUCUCGCUGAUGCGGUGCGUGCUGUGCAGGGCAACCGUGAAAUGAUCGUCGCAGGUGUCGCAACAAGCAUCAAGAAAUAUGAGCGGAGUGAGUGGCCUUGUUCCUUUGGCAGAGGAGUAGAAGAGAAAGCUUCGUUGCUAGGGGUCCUGGGCUGCAACCGCGCCUAGGUGGUGCGACGGCUACGGCGGCCAUUACUUUACAAAGAAGCAAACCGACUUGCAUAAGGAUACCGUUAGAAGUGACUUGCUUUGAAAAUGAUAUAUUCUGCUCCCGGACUGGUAUCACGGAACGCGUAAUGGGGCAAUUUUGUGCGCAGGUACUGUCGGAGCUGGUAUUAUCGGGCUUUUAUCGGUUUUCCAUUAUGUUUGUGUGUAUGUGUCAUACCUCGAGUUGUGUUAUUUUCCAGAGGUGUAAUGAAUCAAUGUGAUGAGGGGUUAAAGUGGUGAUGACGUGGCUAACAGAGGUGACAAGGGGGACCGUGGAAGAUUAAGAUGGUUGGCAAUUGAGGAUAAGGUUUGCCUGGUAAGGUGCCCUGUAGUGCGUGGGGAUAACGACGAGUGAGUGGAAGGGUGUCUUGAGACCUGACAGCGAGCCUGCGUCGCCCACUUCGCUCUCGAGAAGUCCCCUGAAUUCCUGACGUUGGCACUGCUGCUUGCGCCUUCCUCCCUGCCAGCCCAAUGUGGCUGCAAAACACAUUGCUGGGCAUGCGUGGGCUUGUUUGCGUUAAGGGUCGAGUUCAGCUCCCCAGCCGCAGUACAAGAUCCUGCUCAAUCAGUCCGGAAAAUGGCGAAUUAAACGGUUUGCGGCGGUUUAUCGUGCGCAACUUCCGGUCAACGCCAGUGGCUUAUCAACUUUGUUUAUCUUGAUUUAAGAUGAAGUCAUGUAUUAUUUUGUUGUCGUGGUCCGCCGGUACGUUCUACGUCCCAAGCGGGGAUGAGUGAUUAUGGUAUCCAUUUUGCAGCGCUAACAGAGCUGUCGGCAUGCUUAUAUGAGCCGGCAGCACGCGUUGCCGCAGGAAUGGAGAGGUGUCUGGGUCGCUGCACAUCCGGCAAGGAAAUUUUAGCUUGGGGCUGUGCGGCGAAGUAGGUUAAUAGUCGUUGGUCGAGCUUAUUAUUAGGAUCUUUGCUGUUAAGCAGUUCUAUGUUUUUUGUUGUCGCGAGAAGUCGUGUCCUGCUGAUAUUAUGCUGGGGCCUGGUAACUUCUAGCUUGGCCUCCAUCGCGCUCUCCCUCCACCGACACCCAUACAGGGCCGACGGCGUCCGCUGGACGCCAUAUGGUCCAGUCAAUGUCCAUGCUGACCUUAGAUUUUGCGAAAAUCGCGUUAACUCGUAGCCCAAAGAACGGCCUUGGAAGAUGUAAAAGCCUUGUCGCUGAA